AUGUCAUCAUCAGUCCCAUACGACCCAUAUGUUCCUGCCAAUGAGGAAAGAGAGGCAGACUCUAAAACUGCAGCAUUGAAAUCUGAAAUCGAUGACACUGUUGAUAUCAUGAGAGAUAACAUCAACAAAGUUGCCGAACGUGGUGAAAGAUUAACUUCGAUACAGGACAAGGCAGAUAAUUUGGCCGUCUCUGCUCAAGGGUUCAAGAGAGGCGCUAACAGAGUAAGAAAGCAAAUGUGGUGGAAGGAUUUAAAGAUGAGAAUGUGUUUGGCACUUGUUAUCAUUAUUCUAUUGAUUGUUAUCAUCGUUCCAAUUGCUGUACACUUCAGCUGA